ACCGCGCCGGUGGAAAAGGAGAAAAACUUCCCUUAAUGGCUACAUUUGCAUCUGUUCGACAAUUUCUUCUUCAGUCUCGUCGAUUGGCAGGUCAUCAGUUAACAACAAAACGAAAUAUUCAAAUGUCUUCUGUUCGCGAGCGUUCCGAAAAGGCACUGGAGGAGAUGAAAGAGAAAAAUCCGUACUUCGAGAAGUACGCGAAUAAGAUUGCUUCUGUGCAGCAAAGCUCUCCGGAGGAGUUUCUAUCGCGACUGCAGAAAGCUGAAAAGCAAAAGAAUAAACCAAAAUUCGGUCCUACAGAAGUGCAACGUGACUAUUCUGAGCUGCUGAAGCCAAAAUCUCCUCUAGGUACAGAAGCAACUCGCGAUGGAGCGCAUCGAAAGCUAAGUGAUAUUAUGAGGCUGGAAUUGGUUGAAGAUAAAUCGGCAGAUGAUAUUAAGCACCUGUGGUUUGAGUAUCAUAAGCAUAAGGACGUCAUUACAGCGGCGAUUCCCGCUGAUCAAUACAAGCUGAUGAUGGAUCUCGCGUUGAAAUAUCCUAUUUUCAUUUUUCCGAUACCUCGAAGCCAGGGCUACGAGUUCAUCAUGCUACAGUUCGCGGGAAACACGGUUCAUUUUACGCCGUUGCUCAGUUAUCAGGUUCACAAAGAAAAUGCACCAGAAUGUUUGAAUUUAACUAUGUUCACCGAGUGCCAGGACAAAGGAAUUAUACUGAUGCGGGGAGAAUUUGAUACGAAUGUGUUAAACGCCCAGGAAGCCCAAUGCUUGGCUAAUCAACUGCAGCUUUAUUACAGUCAGAAUAAUGUUACAAAACUACAGCUCCUAGAUACGUUCACCAAAAAUCCAGACAAGUUCAAGCAUAUGGACAUCAUCGAAGAGUUGAAUAAUUUGAAAAUUUAAACUACAAAUAAAUUGAAUUUACGGUAGGAAUCAUGUA